AUGGCCCGGCUGGGCGCGCUGCUCCUGGCCGCCGCCCUGGGCGCGCUGCUCAGCUUCGCGCUGCUGGCCGCCGCGGUGGCCAGCGACUACUGGUACAUCCUGGAGGUGGCGGACGCCGGCAACCGCAGCCGCGGGCCCGGGCUCGCCGAGCAGCUGUCCUCGCACUCGGGGCUGUGGCGCAUCUGCGAAGGGCGGAACAGCUGCAUCCCGCUGGUCGACCCCUUCGCCAGUGAGAGCCUGGACGUCUCCACCGCAGUGCAGCGUCUCGUCGCGCUGCACCGCACUGUCAUGGUGGUCCUGCCCCUGAGCCUGGUCCUCCUCGUGUGUGGCUGGGUCUGCGGCCUGCUCAGCUCCCUGGCCCGGAGCGCCCCCCUGCUGCUUUUCACAGGCUGCUACUUCCUGCUGGGGGGUGCCCUGACCCUGGCGGGGAUCAGCGUCUACAUCAGCUACUCGCACCUGGCCUUCGCGGAGACGGCCCGCCAGUACGGCCUGCAGCACGUGCAGAGCGUCCGCAUCAGCUUCGGCUGGUCCGUGGCGCUGGCCUGGGGCUCCUGCGCCUCGGAGGCGCUCAGCGGCGCCCUCCUGCUCACGGCGGCCUGGGCCCUCAGCCGGCCGGCGGCCCCCCACUCUGUGGUCGUCUGAGUCCCCAGCAGGCAGGCGGUGGCGGGGAGAGGGCUCGGGUUCCCUCUGGCCACUGGCAGGAGGUGGAAUCCUGGACGGGAGAGAGCCCGGGGUGGCAGGGGCGGGGGGCAGAGCCAGGGGUCCAGGCCGCUUGCAGCACCCUGGGUGUUUGGGGAGGCUCCCCGCUCCGUUUGGGGGCUUUAGGGACUAACUGGUUUAACUGCCCCUUAAGAGAAAAGCGAGUCCAGAAAGAGGAAGCAAGUGGCCCUAGGGGACGCGGCUUGUGAGGCAGUCGGGUGGGCUGCCUCAGGCUCCCGGGUGUGUGGGGGGCAAGGUGGCAGCCCCCCGGGCUUGUUCUUCCUCCCUGUAGCCCCCUCCCGUCUCCCUCCAUUGCUUCAAGGUGACAGGAAGCUCCUGGGGGCUCAAGGGAGCUGGCACUGUUUUGGCGGGACCCACUGAGGGCAAAGAGCUGGGAGGAGAGUGGGGCCUUCCCUGCCUCCCCAAGUUUGAACAUUCGCUGUUCCAUGUGCGGGCACGUGAGCAUUUACCAUCCCAUGUGCGAACACAUGCCAUCUCGUCCUUCAAUAAAUCAGCUGGUGUUGUGUGCCGUGUAA